GUCAUCUCCUCUCUGUAGCCUUUGAGUAGCUGGUUGACCAGACUGAGUUCGCUGUUUUUUCUCACAGGAUAGAGAGCCGGGAAGGGAUUGCCUUUGUACUCCAGGACGGCCAUCUUUGCUCUGUCCAGUUGCCACGGAGGACGACAAGAUCGUCGGAGGAUAUGAGUGCUCACGUCACUCCCAGCCACACCAGGUGUCUCUGAACUCUGGCUACCACUUCUGCGGUGGCUCCCUGGUCAACGAGAACUGGGUUGUCUCUGCUGCUCACUGCUACAAGUCCCGCAUUGAGGUGCGCCUUGGAGAGCACAACAUCCAGAUCGACGAGAACACCGAGCAGUUCAUCAGCUCCUCCCGUGUCAUCCGUCACCCCAACUACAACAGCUACACCUACGACAAUGACAUCAUGCUGAUCAAACUGAGCAAGCCCGCCAUCUUCAACGACUAUGUGCAGCCCGUGGCUCUGCCCAGAAGCUGUGCCCCCGCUGGCACCAUGUGCUUAGUCUCUGGCUGGGGCAACACCAUGAGCUCCACUGUUGACAGGAACAAGCUGCAGUGCCUGGACAUCCCCAUCCUGCCUGAUGAGGACUGCCGUCGUUCCUACCCCGGCAGGAUCACUGAGGCCAUGUUCUGCGCUGGUUACCUGGAGGGAGGCAAGGAUUCCUGCCAGAUGGACUCUGGCGGGCCAGUUGUGUGUAAUGGUGAGCUUCAGGGUGUUGUGUCCUGGGGCAUUGGAUGUGCUGAGAAGAACCACCCUGGUGUCUAUGACAAGGUCUGUGUGCAGAUUGAGUGGCUGCGCAACACAAUGGCCAGCUAUUAACUCCAUCAUUUGACCUCCACAUCAGAAAGACAACCCGGCAUUACCAACUGCCCUAAUGACAUGUUUCAUUUGCUGAAGCUGAAUAAAAGAAAUUGUUUGAAAUGCAUUA